AUGGAGAAAAACCGUAACAUGCUGAUGUACAGGAUUAGAGAUCCAGAUGUAAUGUGCUUGUGGAGGGCAAUGUAUUUGCUAUGUGUUUCAGCCUCUGGGACUUUUACGCUGCUUAUGCAGCCUGGAGAUGCUUUAGUCCCAGAGGGGAGUGGAGAUCUUAUUCUCAGUGAAGAAGUAGAUUUUGGUGUGUGUCCAGAAGGAAGGUACUUCACCCAGCAGCUUUGUUUGGAUUGUCCUUCUGGUCAUUUCUGCGCUGGAAAAGUAUCUGCACCUAAUCGAUGUCCAGCAGGAACAUUCAACCUCUACACGGGGAAAAGCAGCAUCAGUGACUGUAAGCCCUGUUUUCCAGGCCUGAUCAGUUCAGAGGACAGAGUGGAUUGUCGGCUGUGUCCUGCAGGCUUUUCAUGUGACGCGGCCAAUGGAACACUUUAUUUAUGCCCAGCAGGACAACAUUCACCUGAAGGGGUCCUGCAGUGUCUGACCUGCCCUUUUGAUUCUGUUUGCACAUUUGGGCUUCCUUAUAAGUGUGAACCUGGAAAGGAGCCCAACCUGGAUCACACUGAAUGUAUUCACUGUUUCCCAGGUUUUUACUCUACUGUUUGUACUGCUCAUUGUCUGCAGUGUCCAGCAGGAAGUUACUGUCCAGACAGUGGGAUGGCACAACCACUCCCCUGUCCUCCUGGUUGGUCCUCCAUCCCUGGACAGACUUCCUGCCUUAGCUGUAAUGAUACCCCCUUGCUGUGUGGGGGAGCUGUGGCACCCCGUUGGAACCAGUCUGUCCACAGAUCAGGUCAACCCAACUCCUGUAGAUCAGGAACCUACAAACCUGCAAAGGAAGAUUGCAUUGUAUGUCCAAAAGGUCAUUAUUGUGUGGGAGGUAUGGCUGUACCUUGUCCUGCAGGGACUUAUGGUCCUAAAGAAGGUCUGCAGAGAAUGACAGACUGUGCAAUCUGCCCUGCUGGGUUUUACUGUCUGGAAGGGAGCUCACAGAGACCCACCUCCCAGUUCAUGUGCCCACAGGGCUAUUACUGUGAAGAGGGCACCGCCACCCCUCAUGGGUCACCUUGUCCUGCUGGUACAUCAGGGGAACAACUGGGUCAGACAAGUAGGGCAGCCUGCAAAAGAUGCAAAGAGGGACGCUUCUGUCCUGCAGGCUCCUCAGGUCCUGGUCUGCCCUGUGCUAGAGGACGGUUCUGCCCAGCUGGCACAUUGAAGGAAGUGACUUGUCCAUCAGGCACCUUCACCCCUCACCAAGGAGCAAUAAGUGUAAAGGAUUGUCUCAAAUGUCCGGCUGGUUUCUUCUGUCCAGAGGGGACAAGUGACCCAGUGCCCUGUCCACCAGGGUCCUUUAACCCCUUAGAGGGGCAGGAUGAGGUGGCUGAUUGCAGAGAAUGCUAUGCGGGAAAGGCCUGCACACAGAUAGCACUAAGGGCCCCUGAUGUAGACUGCAUGCCUGGGUUUGUGUGUCCUCCUGGUUCAUCAAAACCCAAUGCACCAGUCAACGCCUGCCCACCGGGAACGUUUAGCAAUCGUAUCAACCUUACAGACCGCUCACACUGUCAGCUGUGUCCAGCACAAUACGCCUGUCUACGAGGAACAGGUGGUAUCCAAAGACCGCCGGUUCUUUGUUUUGCUGGCCAUUAUUGCCCCCCUGGAACGAUGUUUCCAACCCAGUACAAGUGUCCUGUGGGGACAUUGAGCAGUCAGAGUGGACUGGAGGCUGAAACAGAGUGCCAGCUAUGCCCUCGAGGUUGGUACUGCUUGGCUGGGUCUGCAACUCCAGCAGGCCGAUGCAACUCUGGACACUACUGUCCUGAAGGGACAGCAUAUGGCACCCAGUAUCCUUGCCCCGCAGGCACCUACAGCAUUCAAAUGGGCAACAGAUACAGAGAGGACUGUUUGAUUUGUCCUGAAGGUUCUUUCUGUCAGCUGGGAACCUCCAAACCCUCACCUUGCCCUCCCUCUUCGUUUCGCCACCUGAAAGGAGGUCGAAAGCUGGAGGACUGCUCUCCUUGCCCUGCUGGCUAUUUUUGCCCCUACUCAGCCACUAUAAACCCCAGAGUCUGCGGAGCUGGCAGCUACUCUGUAAGACUCCAUUAA